AUGCAAGCAGCCAACCACCUCCACAAAACCCUCUCCAGCAAUGCACUCGCCCUGGGCGCCUGGCAAAUGCUCCCAGGCUCAAACCUCUCCCGCAUCCUCGCCCGCUCAAACCCCGACUGGAUCUGCGUGGACACUGAACAUGGAAACAUCAGCGAUACAGCCAUGCACGAAUCCGUUGCCGCCAUCGCCUCUUGCGGUGUCUCUCCAAUUGUCCGCACGGUCUCGAAUGAAGGCUGGAUGAUCAAACGUGCAUUAGAUGCCGGUGCUCAUGGCAUUGUGAUUCCCCAACUCAACAACGCAGAGGAAGCCAAAGGUGUGGUCAGAGCAGCCAAGUUUCCUCCACAAGGGAUCAGGGGGUUUGGAAGCCCAUUUGCUAUGGAGAGAUUUGUGCCUAAAGGUGGAGAACCUGUUUCUGCGGCAGAGUACUUGCAACAGGCCAAUGAGGCACUUGUUACCAUCAUCCAGAUCGAAAAUCAAUCAGCAUUAGACAAUGUGGAUGCCAUUGCUGCAGUUCCCGGCAUUGACGUCCUUUUUAUCGGCCCUUACGAUCUAGGAAACAGUAUCGGCUAUCCCAUUCUUGCUGAUGGCAUGCACGAGGAACUCAAAGCUGCCAUAGAGAAGAUCCACACUGCGGCAAAGAAGGCUGGCAAGCAUUCAGGCAUCUACUGUACGGAUGGCGAUCAAGCAAGACACUACGCAGACCGAGGCUUUAGCAUGAUCAGUGCCAUGACGGAUUCUCUGGCGCUGGGUCAAGGUGUAGGUACUGCGUUGGGCAGGGCGAGNGGGUCGUGGGGUCAUGCGGCAUUGCAGGGUGUCAAACAGGGUGCGAGCAAGAUUGUUUCUUCGACUUCGCCGUAUUGA